CUUAGUGCUAGUGCUAGUAGUAGUAGUACAUGAAGAUUAUGGUACUCCACGACCUCUGUUCAUCAUUCAAAAGUCGACAUCCGGGAAAACAUAAGGUAAUGGCAAGGUGGAGGCUCGAGAACAUGCCUGUCACACUGGGCUACUCUUGCCAGAAUUAAAAACAAAGACUAAGACAUUUGAGAACUAAACCAAAAUUUGUAAGCUCACGCGACAAUUUUGUCCCAUUGACAGCCAUGCGACAUAUCAGUACAUCUUCAUCUUCUGGAUCGCGGUUCUCUACAGCACUCACGAGAAGGUGGAGAUUCUGCGUCGCUGUUCUUUCCAUCGCCAUCUGUGCUCCGUCGGUGGCAGGAGAAGCACUUUACACUAACGUCUCCGCGGAAUUAUAUCCCGAAGAUGCAGAGCGCAACGCGGUGCGUUUCGGUUACCAUUUCCGAUCACUAUAUUGUCGGGAGCUUUUCUUCGAGCAACCGGGUACAGAGCUAAAACCAUCGUCAGAAGUCACCACGGUUGCGGACGGAGGUGGACUAGAAGUAACCUCAUCUAGUGGAUCUUCAUUGGGUGGACGCUUGGCGAUGACGAGUAGUGCAGCCCUGCUAGAGCUGGAAAGAGCUUCAGAACAGACACCUGCACCCGAACAAGAGCAAAAUAACGAGGGGGGCACGCUAUUUUCACGAUUGGAGUACGCUUUGUGGGGCUUUGUCUCCCAGGUAAACACCAGGCCAGAAGCCGCAUUGGGGCUGGCGAACUUGUUGUACCACUAUGGAUAUUGGUCGCCAAAAUAUCCUGUUUUUGCACUCAAAGCCGCAGAAAAAUUCGCAGAAAGCUGGACAGAGGAUUGCUUCAAACGAAACACCGAGAUGAGAGAUGGGCGCGAGUUUAUUCUGCAGGAAGAAAUGCCGGUUCUUUCAGCGAAGUGUGCAAGGUAAGAUUAAUGGGUAGACAUAAAGAUAAGACGUCAUGAGGAGUUUUAAUUUCUAUGGGUACUACACUAGAUAAAGGUGGCACUGCAACUACUGAUUUCUCUUCUACAGUCAUGCAGGAAGCGUUGAUCACGACAAUGAUGAAGGUAAAGGCGCAAUGGUUUUUAUUGAGAAUCUAGGUUGUCUCAUGGAGUAUCUAGUAAUCUGAAAAGAUGCUGGUGCAUCUUAGUCGGUGGCAGUAAUAUAGAGAAUUUCAGUACUGCGACGAGUCGUGGGUCACAAAACAACCAUACGAGACCCCUGCUCUAAUGAAAUGCGUCGUCUUCAGCUUCCACCGUUGCAGUAGGUGGUAAAAAAUGCUUCGCCGGAGGCGAUGACGCGUCGGCAAAUGCAGCUUCUAGAGGACGUGAUACUCUGCGGGAGUGGUCUGCAGAGCUUAAUUUCCCCGUCUCGGCUUCCCGCAGUAUUGUUGCAGGCGGCAAGCUUGUACUGACGUGCGCCGAGCGGGCGAGACAUGCCGCAUUGUUGUACGCAAACAGUGGCUAUGCACUUCAGCGCAUAGCAGGCAACCAGAUCGGUAUCCAGAUGGAUCCUAGUCACUCGCAGGCAGCAGUUGUUUACCGCCAGAAGGGCGGCAGGAUUUUACGCGAGCUAGCGAUGUGGGAGGUAGCUGCAGGCGUGUCAUCGGUCGUCGCAGGGAAAGAGCAACGGCAGGUAACGAGAGACAUCGACGCUAUGGGUGGUUCGGAGACUGACGGACCACUAGAUCGUGAAGAGGAGCACGAAGCCACUCUUUUAGCCUUGAAGAAACUUCUUGCGACCGAAAUUUUUUCAUCAGCUGCUGCAGAGGCAAGAGUCGCAGGUCAGAGGCUGCGAAAAUCAGCCAAGUGGAGCACUCUGACUUCACCGAUGGGCAGCGUUGGAAUUACGGAUAUCGACUGUGCUCAAGGAUCAUCGAUGCUAGCGGAGACAUGUAUAAUCUGUGACAUGUUGUCUUCAGGCAUACAACAAUAUGGACGAAUGUUGUCUGUAGAGGUGGGAACUCGAUCUAUUUCGAGAUUUAUCUUUCGCCUAGAUAUGCGAGUUUGCUCUUUGAGUAGCAAUGUGCAAAUAGGAUCUAAAUACAAAAAAUUCAAAUUGAUUUUCGAAAGGUCGCUUGUUGAUGGAACAAGCAGUGUGCGAAGUAAUAUCAACACGAUUUGUGGCUAUCGAUUUCGGAACUACAUGGAAGCCGACUUUCACCUUUCAGUCGAACAACAAAAUUAUUGCGGACGUGGUCCUAGACGCGCGCAGAAGGCGGAAAGACACGGCGGGUGAGGACCUUUAUGGCGAGUCGAGUCUACAGCAAAAUAUUAAUAUCAGAAAAGCGCAGGAGCAAUGACUUACUUCUUUGUAUCACAUAUCGAUAGGUCGCGUGUACUUCAUUGGAGUUGAUGAUGUCAGGUCUACACAACCGCAGGAAAUGUAUCAUCCCGCCGAUGGCCUAGUAUGGUCGUUUGGGAUGCAGUAUGAUGAUGAUAGCGGUGGCGCAUUGCAAAUAUGAUACCAAUCAAACGAUAUAGAGUCUCCGAGUGCACGACUUGUUACCCGCUUUUUCUAUUCAUCCAAAGAACAGGCACAUUACCUCUUUCAUAUCUUCCCAGCGCUCUCUCUGGUUUUCGGAGACUUGGUGGCAGGUGAACGGGUGACACGGGAUGUGAGUAAGGCGGCUGACGUUAUGUUUACCCGAAACCCCAUCCUCCAUAGUGGAAUCGCAAAUGCGGACCUCAAGUUGCUUUCUGUGACGUUCGACUGUCCAACAAAGGGGUCGUUGACGAGCUAGGAGGUGGCGAUGUUGAUUGAAGCCUAAUGUAUGAUGUGAGAACACUCUUGAGACAACGACGCGGAUCAAUUGCCUUGAAUUUGAGUGAAAAUGUGGUGUGGUGCGCUACCAAAAUUGGUGCCGGUGUUAUACCAUAAACCGCCACGUCGACGAGUGCGGUACAGAAAAGCUAAAUGUUCCUUGUGGUGAUCGAAAUAGGUCAGCGAAGCACGGCGUUGUCAAGGAACGUCAUGGCUCUAGACUUUAGUUCUUCCGGAUGUCGUGCUUUUAUUCUCGAGGAUCUUGAUUUCUUGGGGAUCGAUGAAGAUUCAAGCCCAGGAUCAGAAAAGAAUUUGGUGUGGAGAAAUGCACGAAAUCUGUGAAGAUAGGCGCUCCCAUUGUUUCGAUGGUCUGCAUGGGCGUUGGUGUUGAACGAGCUGGAUCUAAUUACCUGUACACUCCUUGGUGUGGUAUUGCGAUAGAUGGUCACCGCACUCAAAAUGUGAACAUUGAUUGGCACUCUUCUCGUGGCGUUCGAAUCAGACAAUACGUUGGAAUUCAGCCGCCGCUGGUCGCACCACUUUCAACAAACAAAUUUUUGGUGUAAACUUGCGUGGAUCUUUUUGGUUUAAUCGUGGAAAAAACCAAUUUUACGUGUUCCUGGCCCGUGUACUGAAGAGUUGGCGCGAGGAGCUUUUCCUCCUACCGAUCUCGCGUACUACCUGUUCGCGCAGAAGUUGUACCUACGUGGAAUUCUUUGUUGUAAGCACCGACGUGGUUUUGCGUACCGUUCUUUUUAAUUUCCUGUACGUGGAUUUUGUACCACAUGCUCGUGACGGAACCUAAAUUUUAGAAGCGUCAACUUACGUGGACUUUGUACCACGUGGAAUAACAACGUGGAGUAGACAGACCUUACAAGCGUGAAUGGAAUGGUUUUUUGGAUCACGAACGAAUGACCACAGUGGUAUUUGGUAUUGGUAACGGAUACGAUCACCUGGUGUUCGGACGCAUUCUAAGAAAUAUGCAAUCACGAUGACG